AUGAUGCACCCCGCGCGACAGGCCUAUGUCGAGGAGGCUGAGGACACCGACAUGGGAAUCAGCCUCGCCGACCUCCCCGUCGACCAGGACUACGAUAUGCCUGGCGCUGCAGCAGGCAUCCCUACUGAGCGUGUGUCUGCCCUACAGGCUCAAUUUGACCGAAAACGACGCGCAGCGGCAACAGUCGUACCGACAGAUGAUACCCGAGUGCGCAUGCGGUUACGAGAGCUUGGAGAGCCCAUUACACUAUUCGGCGAAGGCCCGGGAGACCGACGAGACCGUCUGCGCGAGCUUUUAACCGACUUGGCAGAAAGACAGGGAGAGGGAGAUGUGGAAAUGGAAGAGCCAGAGGAGGAAGAGGCGGGGGAGCAACAGGAGGAAUUUUACACAGAGGGUACGGACGAGCUAUUGGAGGCCCGAAAGGCAAUUGCACGCUUUUCUUUACCGAGAGCGAAGGCUCGUGUGGCCCGGCUCAAGGAGGAGUCGACAAUUCCACUUCGCACGCACGUCAAGCACCGCAAAGCCAUCAAAGAGAAGCUCCAGAACUUUGAUUUAUACGGGUCACAGAUUGCUGGAGAUCGUCCUGUUAGUAUCUGCCGUUUUGCUCCAGAUGGACAGACUAUCGCAGCAGGAAAUUGGUCUGGCGGUAUCAAACUACUCUCAGUACCGAAUCUGGAGGAAAAGGCCAACCUCAAGGGGCACACGGAUCGGAUCGGUGGAUUAGCAUGGCUCCCAGGAGCUACGCUUCCCUCGUCUAAUGUUUCACCGUCGACCGUGAACCUGAUGUCUGGGGGAGGCGAAGGAGACAUCAACCUCUGGGCUCUCGAUCAAGAGAAGCCACUCGCGACACUAUCUGGCCAUUCAGGACGUGUGUGCCGUACAGAAUUCCACCCGUCUGGACGAUAUGCGGCAUCUGCAUCAUUUGAUACCACUUGGCGGCUGUGGGAUGUCGAAACAACGGCGGAGCUUCAGUUGCAGGAGGGCCAUUCACGAGAGGUCUACGCAGUGUCGUUCAACAAUGACGGCUCACUUCUUGCCAGUGGUGGAUUGGACAGUAUCGGCCGCAUCUGGGAUCUUCGGACAGGGCGCACCGUGAUGAUUCUCGAGGGCCACAUCCGAGAGAUCUACGGUAUGGACUGGGGUGCGGAUGGGUACCGUGUGCUUUCAGGUUCCGGCGAUGGAUGGGUCAAAUGCUGGGAUCUCCGACAAGUGCGGAAUACGGGUGGCAUCGGUGCACACAAGAGCGUCGUGUCUGAUCUCCGAUGGUAUAAGGGAGAGGAGGCGGCUUCCUAUUUGCCUUCUACAGAAGGCUCGAAUGGCCAAAUGGAUAUCGACGGUGCUACACCGGCACAGACUGAGUCCUCGGGAUCAUCGGUCGAGCCCAAGAAAUCAGGCACAUUCUUUGUGUCCAGUGGCUUUGACAAGAACGUGAAUAUCUUCAGCGCCGAUGACUGGUCAUUGGUCAAGUCGUUGAGUGGGCACGCGGGCAACGUGCUGAGCACAGAUGUGAGCAACGAUGCGAAAUGGAUUGCAAGCUGUGGCCAUGACCGGACAGUGAAGCUCUGGGGCAUUGAAUAA